CUGGCUCUGUCCGCAGCCGGCUCGGAGCCCCGGGAGCGGAGCCGCCGGCCGGGCCCGCCGCGCUGAGGACGCGUUGCCGAGCGGUAUGAACGGCCGGAGCCCGCUGCUGGUAGCAUGAGUGCUGGCCCCCAGGUGCAGCUGGCUGUCCUCUGGCCUUGGCUGCUCAUGGCGACCCUGCAGGCAGGACUGGGCCACACCGGGCUGGCGCUUGCGGCGGCCGUGGAGUCAGAACGGGCGGCGGCGCAGAAAGCCAUCAUCAGGGUCAUCCCGCUCAAAGUGGAGCCCAUCAUCCUGGAAGGGGAGUUCGCCAACGUCGCCGAGGUGACUCCAGCCGAAGGGAAACUGCUCCAGUCCCACCCACUAUCCCUGUGCAACACCAGCGAGGAUGAACACACGGAAUCGGGAUUCAUCACCAUCGUCAAGCUGGAACAGCCGGAUCGGGAUCCCAACCCCUGCCUGUCCCUGGCCAACAAAGCAAAGUUGGCAGGGGAGCGUGGAGCCCGUGCGAUCCUUUUUGACAUCACCGAUGAUGAAAGUGCUGCUGAUCAGCUGAGGAAGCCCAGAGGCCUGAGCCAGCCUGUGGUCCUAAUCAGGGGCCAUGACGCUGAGCUCCUCAUGGGCGUUGUGAACAAGAACAGAGAGGCCCACGUGAAGAUAGAGGUCAAGGAGCCACCAGCUUGGCCAGACUACGACGUGUGGAUUCUUCUCACAGUGGUCAGCACUGUGGUUGUCAUCAUUUUGAUUUUUGUUGUCCGCACAAAGUGCCAGCUGAACAGGACUCAGGACUCGGUGCAGCAGCAGACCCUGCAGGCCAUCGGGCAACUGGCCACACGGCGCUACCAGCCCCGGGCACGGCCGGCCCCGCGCUGGGACUCAACCAGCAGCUGCAGCUCCGCCCCGGUCUGUGCCAUCUGCCUCGAGGAGUUCAGCGAGGGCCAGGAACUGCGGAUCAUCUCGUGCUCCCACGAGUUCCAUCGGGAAUGUGUUGACCCUUGGCUGCAGCAACACCACACAUGUCCACUUUGCAUGUUCAAUAUUCUUGCCAGAGACUCGGGGGACCAGGCCAUGGCUGCCAGCUCCAGGCUGGUCCCUCAGGAAAUGGAGCCUGGGCGGCGACUCCACCUUUUCCGCCAGCAUCCAGGACAUGCCCUUUACCACCUCCCCCAAGCAUAUCCUCAGAGGAACCUCAGGAACUUUCCCCCAGAGCCAGCCCACAGCAACCCCUUCUUCCACUCUCCAGAGCUCUCCCAGCUGGAUUUUGGCACCAUCCACUACAUGCCCUACAGACCAGCCACCUCCCUGCUGGCCUGUGGCCACGUGGCCCCGCUGGCCCCAGGCUUGAUGGGGCAGCAGCACCCCAACCCCUCUGCAUGCGGGCAGGCGCUGGCACCUCACAGGACAUGUCCCCUUCAGCCUCAGCCUCCCUGUCUGGCACCCAAGGCAGUCGUGGCACAGAAGCAGCACCGUGUGCCCACCCUGCGCCGAGGGCUUGGCCACGGGCACCAGCACAACAGCAGUGGCUCUGGAGAGAGCUAUCUCACGGAGCACAGCGGGUACCUGGCCGACGGGCCGGGCAGUGACUCCAGCUCGGGGCCCUGCCACGGCUCCUCCAGUGACUCCAUGUUGAACUGCACGGACGUCAGCCUGCAGGGCAUCCACGGCAGCUGCUCCACAUUCCGCAGCUCCCUCAGCAGCGACUAUGAUCCCUUCGUGUACUGCAGCUCCGAGGGCCCCACCACAGACCACGGCCAGGAGCAUCUGCGGCCGCCCAGGGAGAGGCGGCCCCGGUCCUUGGACCUGAUGGUGCCCGGGGGGGCUGCUCCGGCCAAGCCGCAGGUGCUCAGCCACAUCCACUACCACCACCACCAGCACCACCACUACAGGCAGGACACAGAGUGUUCCCCUGGGCGGGCCGGUCAGGGGCCCAGGCAGCGCAAAUCCCGGUAUUCUGGGGCCAAGGUUGCCUUCCACAGUGCUCGGACACAAAAGAGGACUGCGAAAAGCCAUCACUCUCAGCAGCCUCUGGAAAGCAGUGCCGUGCUGCAGGAGGCAGCUCCAGCAGGCCAGCCAGCCUGUCCCCAGGAAGGCCAGGAGCCCCCUCACGCCCCCUCCACUUCUUCAAACAGGCUGGACUUCAGUGUAGAUGCCAACAGACAAUUGGGAGCAGCUGGCACAGCACCUGUCCCACUGCCCCCCAGACACAGCUUACAGAGCAGGCAUCACCGAAGGAAAAGAAAGUGUCACCUGGAGCCCGACCCCGCUCUCCUGCCCAAGGACUCGGCCGAGCCCGGAGCCUGCCACACUCACUUUCCUCCCGGCCAUCCCACUGGCUACCGCUGCUCUCCCGAAGCCCAGCCCCUGAUCCCAAGCGCUCCCCUGCCCAGCAGCUCCCGGCCGCUCUGGAAAUGUUUAGUGCCACAGUCCAGCUCCGAGCUGAGGAAGCAGGAGGAAGGGUUGUCAGGACAGGAGAGAAACCACUCAGUUCCUGCAGAUUUCUCAGGGACAUGCACCCCCAGACACAGUCUGAGUGUCCGUCUUCACUGCCCAUCUCAGCAGGGUGGUCAGGGAUCUGAAGAGGAGGUCCAGGAUGUCCAUGAACACUCAGUUUAAUAAAACACUGGCCUGUUUGCUCACUGGGAGUUGGAGUGGACACAGAUGUUGAUGGAGCUUCUCACAUCUGACUCUGCCCAGCCCUGUCCUGCUCAGACACAGACUGGCAAGAGCAACGGGCCACUCGUGGUCUCCUGACACGUCCCCAUGCCCUGACAAUCACACAGACAGAGCCCUGCCCUCUGGGCCCAUCUCCUCUGGAGGCACGGGCAGCCCCUCGUCAUUGCGUGGCACCGCUCCAAGCUGGGCAGGGCUCCCAGGGAGAGCUCACCGAGUGAGUGCAAGCUGCUAUUUUGGCAUGUUCAUGCCACAGAAGGUUUUGCUAAAUGCUGCAAAAAUAAACAAGCCUUCGAGACCAAAAGCUGCAGAAAUUACUUUCUGUGGCCUGGUAGCUCCUGACUUCAUUUCCUCACUUAGGUCAAAAGCCAGAUUUCUUCAAUGAACUUUUCCAUGCUUAUUUCAGACACAGGAUCAAGCUAUUCUCCAUCUCACCGCUCACAGGGCUGCCCUGCAAGGUGCUGCUUCUGACUUCAGUGGAAACCAAGUGCUCUCAUCACUUGGUCACCUCAAUGUCCCUCAGCUGACACCGUCUCGGCCACUGACUGCCAGCAGCAGGAGAGGGGAAGACACAGGGACAUCAGCAUUUCUGGGAAGGAGCUGGGUCAGGCUCUUUCCAUUGCAAAGAAUCCACCCUCUCAUCUGGCAAUGCGAACAAAGUCUAUCACUCACCCCCUAACUCCUCCACUUACCCUCAAAUAGCUGUUCUGGCCAGCCCUGUUAAGAGCAUAUUUCAAACAUAUCUUAGAUGUCCCCAUCACAGGAGUAAUACAAAAUCCUGGAUUUCACAUGGCUCCUGCUUCUCUCCUUCCUCUCAUUGCCCCAAGACACAGCAAAUAUUCCCAGCAAAAGCCUCCAUAAUAAAUGCAGAGCAGAGCCCUAUCCAUCACCCAGCCUUAACUUCAUAUUCUGAGACUCCUGAAAUCCUUCAAAAGGAUUUUUCUGUCUUUUCCAACAUUUUGAUGAUUCAGGGAGAAAACUUGAGAAAUCAUCAGGCUCUAGUUUAUUACGUUCCCACUCCCCGCAUUUAUGAAUAUUUUGGGGUUUUCUGAAUGUCACUGGUUCUUAUUUCCUACAUCUCAUAACUUGCAGACAUUCAAGCAAAAUAAAACCUGCCAAAUUAAAAAAUACAGAACCCGUGCAGCUUUCAAACAGCAGAGAAUUCCCAUCAGGUUCACUGCCCUAAAUGAUCAGUCAGGCCAAAGAAUCAGCCAGAUUCCCAUGUGAAGUGCACGUUUCUGUGGCACCAAGUGCCUCCAAGCACAAGGAAGCAUUGGUGAGGAUACAGCACUAGAGCUAAAGACAACUCUUAACAAUUUGAAACUUGAUGUAGGGACAGACUUUCUCAUCUGCUCAGUAAAGCUUCCUGUGUCUUCCUUUGAAGCAGCAGCUUCUCAAGAGAGCACUCUGGUGAUGCAGUCCCAGUUCAGGAUAAUCCUUUGCCUUCCUUUGUUGGUGGGCUUUUUACGGGGUUUGCUGCCCUUAAUCCUCGAAAAAGGCAUCUUUGUCCCAGCUGCUAAUCAGUCCCUGACAGUCAAGUGAUCAGCCAAUAGCACUGUUUUAAACCCAGCAUUAUCCCCUUGUAGUGCUCAUUCCUUGUCUCCUUGUGACCAGGCCCCUGUGGGACCUUUCAGCCUAGGGAAGAGCUGAAUAUCUUUCAUCAAAGAACCCAGCAGAACUAAAUUCAGACCUUUCCAGGCUCUUGUUUGUCCUACAGUGCAAGCAGAAGACACAAGCUCAGAGAGUUUUCUCCUGUGAAGUUGGUCUUAAACUAGAGGAAAAAUCCAGGAGCGGGUCUGGAUUCAUCCCAUUCAGCUUCUCGUGCUCCUGGUCUGUGGCUUGUCUGAACCAGCUCCCUGUGUCCUUGACCAUCCUGGAGGGCUCGGAGGCUUAACAGAGGGGGAGGGUCAUGAAGUCAGGGUGCUCCCACUUGCUUUUUUGAGGAGUCAGGAAGGCAGAGAGCCUCCAGGGAUGCACUUCACUGCUCAAAAGAACGAGUGCAGCUCUAAAGUCCUCUCUUUGCCUCCUUAUCCCCAGCAGAAGAGGGAAUUGUGGAAAGAGGGAAUUCUAUGGCUCAGAAUUUGUGAGCCACAAGCUUCUUUGGGAAAGCUGCACCCUCUCCACUCCCCACUGCAGUAUUACCAGGCUGCCAGGGCAGCGCCUGCUUCCAGGUGCUUCCCUUCCCUGACCUUAUGCUGCUGCUCCUGUUCACGUAGGAAAUGCUGGAGUGCAGGUCUGCCUCGGUGGGGGCUCAGGGGGAGGAGAGGGAGGAACUGUCUGGGAACCUGGGUUUGAAAGAUCCUCUUCAGUAGAUGGAUGACUAUCCUUGGCUGCCUGGGAGGGAAGAAGCAGUAUCUGAGAAAAUAGGGAGUGGUUCCUCACAGUUCUUUGCCUCUUGCUUCUGGGUGAUGCUUUUGAGUGCUUGGUGCCUGUGGGCUCCACCAUGGAAUUUCUCCAGCAUUCCUGCAGUGAUGCAGAGCUCAUUUUCCUUCUUUGCAUGCCAAGUCACAGCCAAAAACUGAUGGAAGCCAGGGCAUCCCAAGCUCCCUCUAUCCAAACGGAAGGUCCAGUCCUUCUGCUGGGACCCCGUUCCCAGGAGCUCCGGCCCUGUGAACUGGGCAUGUGGUCGGGCUGGCUGGAUAACUCCCCUCCUGCACAAAUCCUUCAGAUCCUUUGGAAAUGUGAAUAUCAGUUCGUUUUGUUGUUGCUUUUUGUUUCGUUUGGUUUUUUUCUUUUUUUUUUUUUUUUUUUUUCUUUUUUUUUCUGAGUCUAUCCUGGUUCUCGGGGUUUGGGAAUAAAUUAUGACCCACACACAAAAAAAAAAAAAAAAAGAAUACGUUUUAUAUGUAUGCAAAACUGUGUAUUUAUGUCCGAUAAACACAAAGAUGUGUGAAUAUGCUGAUGUGCUCAGAAAUAUAUUUAUUUACUAAUAUAUUUAUCCAUGUACCCGUC